AUGGUUUCGAGGGAGCACGGGAAGGAAUCAAUUCAUGAUAAGCUUCAAAUUCUACGUUCCAUCACUCAUUCUCACGCAAUGAAUGAGAGCUCAAUCGUGCUAGACGCUUCGAACUACAUAAAGGACCUUAAGCAAAAAGUCGAUAAACUCAACGAAGAAAUCGCCACUGCAGAAAGUUCGGCUCGACACCAGAAUUCGCGACCCAGGGUAACUGUAGAAACCCUAGAAAAGGGCUUCUUAGUGAAUAUUCAUUCGGGCCAAAAUUGUCCGGGAUUGCUAGCCUCCAUACUCGAAACAUUCGAAGAGUUAGGACUUAACGUUCUCGAAGCUAGGGUUUCGUGUGUCGAUAACUUCCAUCUACAAGCAAUCGGUGGCGAAAAUGAAGAAGAUGAUGCGAACAUGGAUGCACAAACUGUGAAACGAGCGAUUUCGAACACGAUCAAGAAUUGGAUCAAGAGCAUUGAGUAG